AUGAGCAACAAGAUGAACGUUGAGGGAAUGAUGAUGUUGGAGCAGCCUUUCCUUCGAGUGCCUUACGAGAACUACAGGAAAGCUUUCCGGACGUCACAACGCAAUGUCGAGAAAGACCUAGGUGCUGUCAAUGCUAUGGCCACUGACGUCUCCAAAAGGGUGACUAUAGAAAAUGCUGAGCCGGCUGACACGGUGAACGCAAUCGACACCAUGAUAGCGCGUGUGGAGGCCUUGAAACGGAAGCUGUCUGACCUGCAAGAGACCACCGGGAAACCAGCGGUGAACGUCCUGCGAGAACGGGUUAACCAUGUAGCCGCCAUGGAGGGAAUUCAAAGCUCCAAUAGUCCGGAAUUCGAUCGUUGGACGGACACGAGAUUUGACCGCUGGCUAGUGGAUUGGUUCUUGCGAAAUGGAAAGGAGAAGUCGGCUAGGCACCUCGCGCAAGAGAAACAUAUCGAGCCUUUAGUCGACAUCGACUUGUUUAUGGAUAUACGGCGCAUUGAGGAUGCCCUCUCGCACCAAAGCUGCACGGAGGCCUUGGCUUGGUGCAGCGAGAACAAGACGGCGCUGCGUAAGAUCAAGAGCACCCUUGAAUUCGAGCUUCGGCUGCAAGAGUACAUUGAGCUAGCUCGCGCCCGUCGAUCCAUGGAGGCUAUUGCGUACUCCAAGAAAUACCUCGUGUCUUGGCACGAAACGCACCUUGACCAAAUACACAAAGCUAUAGCGCUCCUGGCGUUUCCUCCCACGACAACAUGUGGGCCCUACAAGCGGUUGUACGACCCCUCCCGAUGGUCAAACCUAAUCCGGUCAUUUCGGCUAGCCAUCUACACCCUGAACACCUUACCCACCGAGCCCCUCUUGCAUCUAGCCCUUUACGCCGGUCUGGCUUCAUUGAAGCUCCCAGCAUGCUUCGACCAUGCUACAAAGAACACCGACUGCCCCGUGUGUGAUGGAGGUUCUAGCGAAGGCCUCGGACUGGGCAAAUUGGCCGCUGAGGUACCAUUCAGCCACCAUGUUAAUUCGACAAUCGUGUGCGCGAUCACAGGGAGAAUUAUGGACGCGGACAACAUGCCUAUGGCGUUCCCAAAUGGUUACGUCUAUUCUCGCGAAGUUUUGGAAGAUAUGGCGGCGAAGAACCGUGGCAUGGUCACUUGCCCGCGCACGGGCGAGACUUGCCAGUUUGCGGCCUUGAGAAAAGUAUAUAUCUCAUAG